GCGGGGAGGAGGUUGCGGCGGGUUUGAAAGCGCCAGUUUCCUGGCAGCUGGGGCAGGCGUUGGUCUCGGCGCUCCGGCUCCGCAGCAGCCGCGCUCGAGCGGGCGACUUAGCUCGGUGCGCGCGUCCUGGACGGAGCCUCGGUUCCAGCUGCUCUCUCAGCUCCCGCCCUCUAGCCUCAGCCUUUCCCGCCGCGCGGGCGCCGAGCCCUGGCCGUCGGCGCUGACCCCGCCCGGAGACCCCGCCGGCGCCGCCCGCGGGGCGCGCGCUCCCUCCGACUCUCCUCAGCGGCCCGCGAGAGGGGCGGCUCGCGGCGGCGCGCGGCCAGCGGGCUGAGGCAGGGGCUCGGCGGCGGCGCCCCUCUGGCCGGGCUGUGCGCGGGGCCCGGAGCGGCACCGCGGCCGCCCGCGCGGGGGCUCCCCAUGGUGCAGCGGAGGUCGGGAUGUCGAAGACGUUGAAGAAGAAGAAGCACUGGCUCAGCAAGGUGCAGGAGUGUGCCGUGUCCUGGGCCGGGCCCCCGGGCGACUUGGGCGCGGAGAUCCGCGGCGGUGCCGAGCGCGGCGAGUUCCCUUACCUGGGGCGGCUCCGCGACGAGCCUGGAGGCGGCGGAGGCACCUGCUGCGUGGUCUCGGGCAAGGCGCCCAGUCCCGGCGAUGUGCUGUUGGAGGUGAACGGGACGCCGGUCAGUGGGCUCACCAACCGGGACACCCUAGCUGUCAUCCGCCACUUCCGCGAGCCCAUCCGUCUGAAGACAGUGAAGCCAGGCAAAGUCAUAAAUAAAGAUUUGCGACACUACCUGAGCCUUCAGUUUCAGAAAGGAUCAAUUGACCACAAACUACAGCAAGUCAUCAGAGAUAAUCUCUACUUGAGAACCAUCCCAUGCACUACCAGGGCCCCCAGGGAUGGAGAAGUCCCAGGGGUGGACUAUAAUUUCAUUUCUGUUGAACAAUUCAAGGCACUGGAAGAAAGCGGAGCAUUGUUAGAAAGUGGAACAUAUGAUGGAAAUUUCUAUGGCACACCCAAGCCUCCAGCAGAGCCUAGUCCUUUCCAGCCCGAUCCAGUUGAUCAGGUCCUCUUUGACAAUGAGUUUGACACGGAAUCCCAAAGAAAACGAACUACAUCUGUCAGCAAAAUGGAAAGGAUGGACAGCUCUCUCCCUGAAGAAGAGGAAGAUGAGGACAAAGAAGCUGUUAAUGGCAGUGGAAGCAUGGAAACUCGAGAGAUGCAUUCUGAGUCAUCUGACUGCUGGAUGAAGACUGUUCCAAGUUAUAACCAAACAAAUAGCUCCAUGGACUUCAGAAAUUAUAUGAUGAGAGAUGAGAAUCUAGAACCGCUGCCCAAAAACUGGGAAAUGGCCUACACUGAUACAGGAAUGAUCUACUUCAUUGAUCAUAAUACAAAGACAACCACCUGGUUGGAUCCUCGUCUCUGCAAGAAAGCCAAAGCCCCUGAAGACUGUGAAGAUGGAGAGCUUCCGUAUGGCUGGGAGAAAAUAGAGGACCCUCAGUAUGGGACAUACUAUGUUGAUCACCUCAACCAGAAAACCCAGUUUGAAAAUCCAGUGGAGGAAGCCAAAAGGAAAAAGCAGAUAGGACAGGCUGAAAUUCAUUCCCCAAAAACAGAUGUGGAAAGAGCACACUUUACUCGGGACCCCUCCCAACUUAAAGGUGUCCUUGUUCGAGCAUCACUGAAAAAAAGCACAAUGGGCUUUGGUUUUACCAUUAUUGGUGGAGAUAGGCCUGAUGAAUUUCUGCAAGUAAAAAAUGUGCUCAAAGAUGGUCCUGCCGCUCAGGAUGGGAAAAUUGCACCAGGUGAUGUUAUUGUAGACAUCAAUGGCAACUGUGUCCUUGGUCACACCCAUGCAGAUGUUGUCCAGAUGUUUCAGCUGGUACCUGUCAACCAGUAUGUCAACCUUACUUUAUGCCGUGGUUAUCCACUUCCUGAUGACAGUGAAGAUCCUGUUGUGGACAUUGUUGCUGCUACCCCUGUCAUCAAUGGACAAUCUUUAACAAAGGGAGAGACAUGCAUGAAUACUCAGGACUUUAAACUGGGAACAAUGGUUUUGGAUCAGAAUGGAAAAUCAGGACAAAUCUUGGCCAGUGAUCGUCUCAAUGGUCCAUCAGAUUCAAGUGAACAGAGAGCAUCCCUGGCAUCAUCAGGCAGCUCCCAGCCUGAACUAGUGACUAUCCCCCUGAUUAAGGGCCCCAAAGGCUUUGGGUUUGCAAUUGCUGACAGCCCAACUGGACAGAAGGUGAAAAUGAUAUUGGAUAGCCAGUGGUGUCAAGGCCUUCAAAAAGGGGAUAUCAUCAAAGAAAUUUACCAUCAGAAUGUGCAGAAUUUAACACAUCUCCAAGUCGUAGAAGUCCUAAAGCAGUUCCCAGUAGGUGCAGAUGUUCCAUUGCUUAUCUUAAGAGGAGGUCCUUGUUCACCAACUAAAACUGCCAAAAUGAAAACAGAUACAAAGGAAAAUUCAGGAAGUUUGGAGACUAUAAAUGAGCCUAUUCCCCAGCCUAUGCCUUUUCCGCCCAGCAUAAUCAGAUCAGGAUCCCCGAAAUUGGAUCCUUCUGAAGUCUACCUGAAAUCUAAGACUUUGUAUGAAGAUAAACCACCAAACACCAAAGAUCUGGAUGUCUUUCUUCGGAAACAAGAAUCAGGGUUUGGCUUCAGGGUACUGGGAGGAGAUGGACCUGACCAGUCUAUAUAUAUUGGGGCCAUCAUUCCCCUGGGAGCAGCUGAAAAGGACGGUAGGCUCCGUGCUGCUGAUGAAUUGAUGUGUAUUGAUGGUAUUCCUGUUAAAGGAAAAUCACACAAGCAAGUCUUGGACUUAAUGACCACUGCUGCUCGAAAUGGCCAUGUGUUACUAACUGUCAGGAGGAAGAUCUUCUAUGGAGAGAAACAACCCGAGGAUGAAAGCCCUCAAGCCUUCUCACAGAACGGAUCUCCUCGCCUGAAUCGGGCAGAACUUUCAAUAAGGUCUGCCCCACAGGAGGCCUAUGACGUUAUCCUACAGAGGAAAGAAAAUGAAGGGUUUGGUUUUGUCAUCCUCACCUCUAAAAGCAAGCCGCCACCAGGAGUUAUUCCUCAUAAAAUUGGCCGGGUCAUAGACGGAAGUCCAGCUGAUCGUUGUGGAAGACUGAAAGUUGGAGAUCACAUCUCUGCGGUGAAUGGGCAGUCCAUUGUUGACCUAUCCCAUGAUAAUAUUGUUCAGCUCAUCAAAGAUGCUGGAGUCACCGUCACGCUGACAGUGGUUGCUGAAGAAGAGCACCAUGGUCCACCAUCAGGAACAAACUCAGCCAGGCAGAGCCCAGCACUGCAGCACAGGCCCUUGGGACAGACACAGGCCAACCACAUACCUGGGGACAGAAGUGCCCUAGAAGGUGAACUUGGGAAAGAUAUCUGCAAUUCUUACAGACAUUCCUGGUCUGACCACAAGCACCUUGCCCAGCCUGACACUGCAGUGAUUUCAGUUGUGGGCAGUCGGCACAAUCAGAGCCUUGGGUGUUACCCUGUGGAGCUGGAGAGAGGCCCUCGAGGCUUCGGGUUCAGCCUCCGAGGAGGGAAGGAGUACAACAUGGGGCUGUUCAUCCUUCGCCUUGCUGAGGAUGGGCCUGCCAUCAAAGACGGCAGAAUUCACGUUGGUGACCAGAUCGUUGAAAUUAAUGGGGAACCGACACAAGGCAUCACACAUACUCGAGCAAUUGAGCUCAUUCAGGCUGGUGGAAAUAAAGUCCUCCUCCUUUUGAGGCCAGGAACUGGCUUGAUACCUGACCAUGGUUUGGCUCCUUCCGGUUUGUGCUCCUACGUGAAACCUGAGCAACAUUAAGGCUUUCAGGGCUUUUCUUGGUCUUUCCUUAAAAAGACUUGGUGAUUGGGAUACUAGUAGUCCUUCAUCUUCCAAUGUCAUUUAUGAUGAACAGCCACCACUUCUCCCAUCUUCACAUUCUGCUUCCACAUUUGAAGAGUCUCAUGUGCCAGUAACUGAAGACUCUCUGAUUAGAGUUCAGAUAUGUGAAAAGGCUGAAGAAUUAAAGGACAUUGUACAAGAAAAGAAAAGCACUUUAAAUGGAAUCCAGCCUGAGAUGAAGUAUCAGUCUGUCCAGAAAAAUGUGAGUAAGAAGGAUCCACCCAGAAGUUCUGGGCAUGGUGAGAAGAAUCUACUAAAAGGAGAGAAUGGUGUUACACGAAGAGGUAGAUCUGCUAGUCCCAAAAAGUCAGUUAGUCGACUUUCAGAGGAACAUUUGGAAAAAAUUCCCAGGCCCCUAAAAAUUGACCCCAAAGGAAAAUCUAGAGAUCGGUCACUCAGCCCUAGGAAAGGAGAAAAUAAAGGUCAGCUCACCAUUAAGGCGGGCUCUGGACAAGAUCCCUGUAGAAAAGACAGAGGACGGUCUUCUAGCCCCAAGAAGCAGCAAAAGAUUGGAGGCAACAGCCUGUCAAACACUGAAGGCAAAUUAUCAGAGGCUGGGGGCCGAAGAGCAGCAGGCCACUCUACUGACAGCACUGAACAGCUCCCAGAUGGGAAAGAAAAGUCAGGAGUCAGCAGGAAAGAUCUGAAGCAGAGUCAGCUGGGAAAAAACAGAACAAGGUCUCCAGAGAAAAAGAGCAGUAGAGUUGAUGGAACAUCUCCCCCAUCCAAAAAGACGAGCAACACUGCUAGUAGGGUAGUGUCUGAAAAGGAAAAAGGAAAGAAGCCAUCAGCAGGAGAAACAAGUAGAGACAAAACAGGAGAAAACUCGAAGGUCUCAGCAGAGCAGCUCAAGCAGGAACCUGAAGAGAAGAUGGCAUUAAGUAAAGCAGAAGAUCGCAAAGGCAAAGAAUCAGAGAUCACUGACAGAUGCAAGGAACGUGCAGGGGGCACACCUGAAUGUAGCUCUCCAGUCAAGAAAGCACCCAUCACUCCAGGACCCUGGAGGGUGCCACGUGCAAAUAAAGUCACAGGCACUACUGGCAUGGCUGACAAACAGCUGUGACCUUUUAUAUAAAACAAAGAAAAUUAAGUCGUAAUCUUGUACUAAAACACAGCAUUCUUAAGGGGGAGAGGUGUGGUUUACCCCCCCGAAAUUCUAUACCAGGUAGCCAGGCUGCAUGAAGGGCUUCUAAGCUAAGACCCACCUGGCCCUGGCUGGCUGCCCUUCCUCAUGCUCAGGAAGGAGCUGCAUCCAAGGGCUCACCUGCCAUGCCCUGCUCAGGCCGCUUGCUCAGCAAUGACAUGAUCUUAGCAGUGUGGUCACAACUCACUUUGUGUUUGUGCCAAGUUAUCUACUGUAUCAUGUCUGUUUUAUCCUUCCCAUUCUGAUAGUCCAGUCAUCAAACAGUUCGGUUUGGCUUGAAGAUGUUUUCAAUAGCAUGUUGCAUGUUUACAGAGAGAAAUACUUGAGUCCUUGCAGAGAAAGAAAUUGUUAGCUCAUCAUUAAAAUGGGCACUUGCCUCUUCUCACAGCUUCUUACCAUCCUAGUUUAAAAAUGCAAUUCACAAACAUCACAUUACAGAAAAGGUCAAAUAUUAUAGAUGCUUUUUUACUGCUAAGUAAUGUGUUUAACUGUUAAAGAUAUUCCUUCCUCACAAUUGAAUGUUCAAAAUGAGAACAUACUCUAAGCGACAGAAUUAACAAGCUCCUGCCAUGUUAGCUAUCCCUUAUGUAGUGACAGUGUCUCAGAUCACCUGUAGUCUUGAGGGAAGUACAAGAAGCAUGUAGAAGUACCACUUGUUUCUCUUUAAAGAAAAACUACUACACCUGGAUAUUGUGAUUAUUAAUCAUUAGUCUUUAAUAUAUAGUUGAAGACCCAAAAUAUUAUGUAGAUUUUUGUGAGGGACUUAAUCAUGUAGCCAGUUCUGCAGUCCACUGCCAGACAAAGCACCAGCUUCUGUAGCAUAGAGGAGUUCAUCUAGGAGCAGACACACGAGCAUUAGGGAUUUAGAAGCAGAGCCUGUCUUGGGCUUCCUCAGCAAGUCGGGAUUAAUAUGGUAUAGAUUGUGUGUGUGUUGGAACUUUAAUUUUUAGCUAAUUAUUUAAAAACAAAGCUUUCAGAGUUCCUUUUAAAGUCUAAUAAAAAUGUUUGCUGAAAGCUGGAGACAAUUCUUGAACUCAUAUACUAGAUCAAGACAUUAGUUCCCUGAAGCAGCAUUCAGAAACAUCUAUAAAUACAGACAUUUCUCAGACCAAAA